CAAGGUCAUUAUUCAAAUUCACGCUCGUGAUGUUGGCAGAUAAUUUCAAGCACUUGGUAACAAGAACUAUCGUAUCCUUCAUACCAGCGUUUGAAUCUUUCAAGAAACAUACGCAGAAACAUAUAGCACAUCCAUUCGUCGAUGAAAUGUCGAAAAAAUCAGAGGUUGUUAGUCUUGGACUGUUGUUAGAGUCGGAAAACACGGCAUCUGGAAUUACCAAGAUCUUACGUCAUAUACAGAAAGAAUAUGUGCCACAAACGAUAAACGAAAACGGAAAAUUGGAGAUACUUCAACCGAUUCCUUUUGGUGGGGACCAAUUGACUGAGGAACGUUCUAUCAACAUCAUUCGCGCUUUUCUGGAUGGCGAUACCAGCUACGAUCGUAUUGAAGGUCUACAACCCAAAUUUGAGGACUGGCACUUGAAAAUGACUCUUUACGAGGUCAAAGAUUCGCUUUUUCGUAAAGAGACAUCAGGCGCAGAGUUUGGAACGACACAGUGGGCGAUGAACGUGUUACGUACAAGCAAUGCUAAAAAAGGUCCACAUGCUGCAAUGAAUGCCUACGGUGAAUUUUCGGAUAAAGAACUAGAUGCACAAAUAGUCGCUAUUACAUUGGAGCACUUCAACAUGGCAACAUUUCAAGGUCUUUAUGUUACAAAUUAUUCAUGCAAAUUUAUAUAAAUUGUUUACUAAAUUUGAAACUUAUUUCUUCAUUAAGAUGACCCAGUACCGUCAAAUAUCAAAACAGGAUGUGAGGAAGAGAAACGAAAAUGGAUUUCUAUGCAUGUUGAAGAUAUAAUAAAAAGAUACACAGUAACAUAUGCUGACAACAUAGGCAAUGUAAGAGAAAAACUUAAACAAGAAGGCAUAAGAAAGCUGAAAAUAUUCAUCUGCUCCAAAAAUGCUACUGGAGAAUGUAAUCAUUGCCCCUUCAAAUCCGCACGUACAAGGGAUCUUCAUGAGAAACUGAAGCAUAACAUGGACAGGUCAGAUAAUGUAUAUUUAAAUGUAAUUAUUAUGUGAAACCCAUGUUCAGUAUAUAUAUCGUACCUUUACAGUUAAAAUAAAAAUAAAAAUGUUAAAACUUUUAUAUUUUCAUAGACGCGAACCUGAUGUAAUACAGCAGCCUAUUAUAAUAAAGGACCACGUCCUACGUUAUCAGAAAACCACUAUCAAUCUGCUACUCAAGAACUUGAAUGAUGCAAUAAGACAGGGAGAUGGUGAACGAUUAAUCGAAAGUUAUAAGUUGGUUCUGCUUUACUUCAAGGCAACUCGGCAUCACAAAUACGCAUACACCAUCCUGAAGUUGUUAUACCAAAUCAGAUUGGAACCGGAAAAUGCAUUCAAGUUGACCUGGGGAAGGUUCAUUAAUACACAGGGAUACAAAGGAAGAAAUAUAUCAAAUGAUCUUCACCUGGAACAUUUAAAUCAUUUUUUAAAGGAAUUACUGCGUUCAUUACGUAGCAACAUCAAUGAAAAAAAUGCUGAAAGGGUGUCGUAUACAUUACAAAAUAUGAAAGGAAUUGUUGACAACUUGGAAAGGUCACUGGAUUUGUCUGAGGUCAAGGGUCAUAGAAAGAUGCCAUCUACUAUUGAAGACGUAAAGAAGUUGGCACUUGCAUAUCAUCGGGCUAAAGUAUUUAGAGAAACACCAGGAAGAGAAUAUGAAU